AUGGAAGAACCAAAACAACAUUCCCCGAUGUACAAAUCCCUGUUACAAGCAGGUACGCGACUCAAACCACUUCAACAAGUACAUAGUCAAAUCAUUACCAAUGGUUUAAGUUACAGUCGGUCUCUUCUUAUCAAACUCAUUACAUUAGCUUGUUCUGCUGGUUCUAUAAUUUACGCUCGUCAAAUCUUCCUCACUGUUCAGAAUCCUGAUUCAUUUCUCUUCAGCAACCUCAUCAAAUCUUUUUCUAAAUGUGGUUACCCAUUUGAUGCCAUUGUUUUAUACCAAAAAAUGAGAACGUUUGGACUUAUACAGUCGAAUUUAGGAACGUGGGUUCAAGAGUAUAUUAAUGGAAAUGGUUUUGAUGUUAAUGUAAUUCUAGGUACUUCUUUGAUUAACAUGUAUUCGAGAUGCGGAAAUGUGGGUAAAGCGCGAGAAAUUUUCAACGGAAUGAGAGAGUUAAAUGUCAUUACUUGGACUGCCAUGAUUUCUGGCUAUGGAAUGCAUGGCUAUGGUAAUCAAGCAAUGGAACUUUUCUAUCAAAUGAAAGUACAAGGACCUAAACCCAAUGAUGUCACAUUUGUUGCAGUGUUAUCUGCUUGUGCCCAUGCUGGAUUGGUCGAUGAAGGGAGAAAAGCUUUUGAUUCCAUGAAAAAGAAUUAUGGGUUUGUGCCGAGAAUGGAGCAUCAUGUUUGCAUGGUGGACCUGCUUGGGAAAGCAGGAUUAUUUGAUGAGGCACUUGAGCACAUUCAAUCGGUACCUGGGAAACCAGCACCUGCAAUAUGGACAGCAUUGCUUGGUUCUUGCAAAAUGCAUAAGAAUUUUGACCUAGGAGUCAAAGUAGCUGAACAACUCUUAGGAGUGGAGCCUGACAAUCCCGCUCAUUACGUUCUUCUUUCUAACAUAUAUGCAUCAGCAGGUAGGAUGGAUCGAGUCGAAAUGGUUAGAGAAAUUGUGAUUAACAAAGGUUUGAAGAAACAAAUUGGGUAUAGUUCAGUCGAGAUUGAUCAUGCAACUUAUACAUUCUUUAUGGGUGAUAAAUCACAUCCUGAAACAACUGCAAUCUAUCAGUACUUAGAUGAGUUAAUGCGGAAGUUGAAGCAAACUGGUUAUGUGCCUGAACAGGAACCAGUGAUGUUUGCAUUAGAAGAAGAAGAGGGGGAAUUUGCGCUUAGAUAUCACAGCGAGAAACUAGCUAUUGCAUUUGGUUUAAUGAAUUCAAGAGAUAAAACAACAGUUAGGAUUUUUAAGAACCUUCGGAUGUGCAUUGAUUGUCAUUCAGCGAUCAAGUUCAUAUCAAUUGUUACUGACCGCGAAAUCAUUGUUCGAGAUAAACACCGGUUUCAUCAUUUUAAACAGGGUGUUUGUUCUUGCCGAGAUUACUGGUAA